CUCUCUCUUUCUCUCUCACUUCAGGAGGAGGAAGAACAGAGCAGUUGAGUUCAGACAGGCGGGCGGGCUCUGGCGAGAAAACCCGACGGAAGAGUUUUUGGCAUCAUAGGAACUUUUACCUAUGAGCUGUGUUAGUUUCUCUUUGAUUUUUCCUUUGAAAAGGGGAUGAAUCUUUUUCCUGUAGAAGCUGCUUUUACCAUAACCGGUUUUGAGGAGGCGGAGAGGCAGGAGCAGCCGCGCCAAACGCACAAUGCGCCCUGAGUGAGCCCAGGCAGGGAGGACAAUACAGAGCACACCGAGAGGAGCUGCCAGCUCCCAUCCCAGGAUCUCUGCUUCUUUAUUCCUCCAACUCUGCUCCCCUCACAGCCUUGUUCCAGGAAGGUUUUUCCUUUCAUCCACAGCGGGCUUUUAGAGUUACUAGGGUGGAGGGGUGGGGGGGAAACAAGUGAGAUCUGAUCUCUAAACUCAGCCAUGACGUCUCCGGCUAAAUUCCGCAAGGACAAGGAGAUCGUGGCCGAAUAUGAAACUCAAGUUAAAGAGGUUCGAGCCCAGUUGGUGGAACAGCUCAAGUGUCUGGACCAGCAAUGCGAGCUUCGGGUUCAGCUACUUCAGGACCUGCAGGACUUCUUCAGAAAGAAGGCCGAGAUCGAGAUGGACUACAGCCGCAACCUGGAGAAACUGGCUGAGAGGUUCCUCACAAAGACACGCAGCACCAAGGACCAUCUACUAAAGAAGGAGCAGACCAUCUUGUCUCCGGUUAACUGCUGGAACCUACUGCUGCUGCAGGUGAAAAGGGAGAGUCGUGACCACGCCACUUUGUCUGACCUCUACCUCAACAACAUCAUUCCCAGGUUUGCGCAGAUCAGCGAGGACUCAGGACGCCUCUUCAAGAAGAGCAAAGAGGUUGGAGCCCAGCUGCAGGAGGACCUGAUAAAAGUUCUCAAUGAACUUUACUCGGUGAUGAAGACGUACCACAUGUACAACACUGACAGCAUCAAUGCAGAGUCCAAGCUGAAGGAGGCGGAGAAGCAGGAGGAGAAGCAGAUGGGACGCUCCAGUCGACAGGAAGACAAGCAGACGCCGCGCUCCCCAGACGCGCUGGGCAGCAUCAGGACCGAGGAGAGAGUCGUCCGCCGUUCCAGCGUGAAAAAGAUCGAAAAGAUGAAGGAGAAGAGACAGGCCAAAUACACGGAGAACAGGCUGAAAGCCAUGAAGGCCAGGAAUGAGUACCUGCUGGCACUGGAGGCCACCAACAGCUGCGUCUUCAAAUAUUACAUCCAUGACCUCUCCGACAUCAUUGAUUGCUGCGAUCUGGGCUACCACGCUAGUCUGCACCGGGCCCUGAGGACCUACCUGUCUGCAGAGCAGAACGUAGAGACGUCUAAGCACACGGGUCUGGAAACACUGGAAGGAGCAGCGGAGAGCCUGGAGGCCAAUGCAGACAAGCAGAAGCUGAUGGAGACCUACAACAACGUCUUCUGCCCGCCGGCUCGAUUUGAUUUUCAGUCUCACAUGGGCGAUACGAUGGGUGGGAUGUGUGCGCAAUCUCCUCUGGAAACCGACCUCAGCCAGAGGUGUCAGCAGCUGCAGUCACGCCUCUCCACUCUGAAAAUCGAGAAUGAAGAGGUGAAAAAAACCAUGGAGGCCACUCUGUCCACCAUCCAAGACAUGGUGACGGUGGAGGACUACGACGUGUCCGAGUGCUUCCACCACAGCCACAGCAUGGAGUCGGUGAAGUCCACGUUCAGCGAGUCGUAUCUGAGCAAGCCCAGCCUGGCCAAGCGGCGGGCCAAUCAGCAGGAGACCGAGCAGUUUUACUUCACGAAGCUGAAGGAGUUUCUGGAAGGAAGGAGUCUGAUCACCAAGCUGGAGGCCAAGCAGGACCUAAUCCAGAAGACUCUGGGCGAGAGUCAGAAAACGGACUGUUGCCCUGCCAGUGGAAGGAGAAAUUCAACCGUGCGGAAGCAGGACUCAGGUGAAACCAUUCCACUAAUGGUCGAGAGCUGCAUCCGCUUCAUUAGUCGCCAUGGUCUGCAGCAUGAGGGCAUCUUCAGAGUGUCUGGAUCUCAGGUGGAGGUCAACGACAUCAAGAAUGCCUUUGAGAGAGGCGAGGACCCGCUGGCUGGGGACCAGAAUGACCAUGACAUGGACUCUAUUGCUGGAGUGCUGAAGCUCUACUUCAGAGGCCUGGAGCACGCACUCUUCCCCAAAGAAGUCUUCCAUGACCUCAUAUCCUGUGUCUCAAUGGAGAGUCUCCAGGAGCGAGCAGUUCACAUUAAGAAGGGUCUGCAAAGCCUUCCAAGUAAAACCCUCAUCAUCAUGAGAUACCUGUUCGCCUUCCUCAACCAUCUGUCUCAGUACAGUGAGGAAAACAUGAUGGACCCCUACAACUUGGCCAUCUGCUUCGGCCCCACCCUGAUGUCUGUCCCCGAAGGCCAUGACCAGGUCUCCUGCCAGGCUCACGUCAACGAACUCAUUAAAACUAUCAUCAUCCAUCAUGACACCAUCUUCCCUGGCCUGCAGGACCUGCCAGGCCCGAUAUACACCAUCCCUGGAGCAGGGGAGGACUUCUGUGACAGUCCACAGUGUGAGCCCCCCCUAGUGGAAGAGCCUGCACCCGAUGCCGUCUCCGUCAGCCGCAACAGUGAGGACGGCACCUUGGCUGUUUCAGAGUCUGAACCAGUCGAAGCCGUCGCCCGUUUCGAUUACACGGGCCGCUCCGGUCGGGAGCUGACGUUCAAAAAGGGCGCCUCUCUCCUACUCUUCCAGCGAGCCUCCGAAGACUGGUGGGAGGGGCAGCACGAUGGAGUGUCUGGUCUGGUGCCGCACCAGUACAUCAUUAUUCAAGAGACAAGCGAAGUCGAUCGUGGAAGUCCAAAGCCUGAUGUGGACAGCAGGGAGAUGCUGGAGGAGAGGGUGUCCGCUCGGGGCAGCGCCCCCUCCCCCACAGGAGGCCAUGUAGCUGACAUCUACCUCGCCAACCUCAAGCUGAAGAAGCGCCCUGAGCACGGAAAUGUCCGAAGAGCAUUCAGAUCAGAGAGCGACGGCACUGGUCCAGGAGCCAGCAGCAGUGGGGCAGGAGGUGCCAGAACGGCGUCUCUACCCGGUGGAGCUCAGCUAAAAGACUUUGGAGACAAACGUCCAGUCAGCGUUCAUAACAUCCUCAACUCUGUCACUCGACACUCUUCUCUCAAAACCAAGGUUGAGAGUCCUCAGUUAAAGAAGACCACCCCUGCAGGACGCUCCAAGAGUUUCAGCAACCACAGACCCCUGGAUCCUGAGGUCAUAGGUCACGUGGAGCUCAGCUCACAGGACCCGCAGGACUCCUCCCUGAGUGAGCUCAGUAAGUUUGAAAGACAGAGCACCUCCAAACAUACGCACACCCCUGAUGUGGUUCUGGACACACUGGAGCAGCUGAAAGGCAUGAGCGGAGGCGGCGGCGGAGGAGGAGGAGCUUCCGAGCCCUCCAGCCCGCUCCACUCCCGGUUGCUGCGGGACGGCGAUGGCGGCCCCUCUUACGUCCACCCGCUUCAGCGCAGCGCCUCGUCAGCAAGCGACGUCCCCUCCUCCUUCCGCCCGGCGAAGACUCCGACUCGGAGCCCGCUGCCAUCCGCCACCUCCCCCUCUCUCUCGUCAUCACCCCUUUCCUCCUCCGUACCGUCCUUCAGGGAGAUGCGACCGCCGGCCACCAGACCGAAGCCUGUGGUGUUCCCCAAGGGUGGAGGAGGCACGGGAAGCCCCGCCAUGGGCUCUCCGACCUCCACAGUCCCUCCGACGCCACCUCCCCCACUGUUAGGACACACACACUCUCUUCCUCACACACCACCUCCUCCUCCUCCUCCUCAGUCUAAUGAUAAAUCCUGUCCGGCUUAAGAUUCCUGUAUUCCUCCUAACAAUCCUCACAGCUCUUUUAGUGCAGAAGCACUUCGGUUCUUUUAUAACAUCUACUCGCUAGCAGCAUCUUAGGAUUAAUUGACUUUAUCAAGAAGAGUGCGCCCUCUGCUGGCGGCUCUGAUUUGCUACAAGUCAACUAGGAGGAGAAGCUUGG